GUGAGACACUGAGAGUAAGGCACUUGUGUUUUUCUUUUUCAGAGGAGAGAUUGGUUUAGGUUUGUGUCUGAGAAAAAUCUAGAGAGAACACUGGAAACUCAUAAGAGCUGAAAGAAGUAGUACUCGUUGAUCUUGCAAAAUUAAGAGAGAAAGAUUGGUUGAGACUUGAGCUGGUUGUUUGUCUGAGAAUUAAGAGCGAAUGUUGGAAACUCAGAAGAGCUGAAACAAGUUCUUGAUCUUGCAAAAUUAAGAGGCUCAGAGCAAACGUUGGACACUCAAAAGAGCUAAUACAAGUCAUUAAUCUUGCAAAAUUAAGAGGCAAAGGCAGACUUCGUCUUGUUAUUUAACAAAGAAGUUUUUAAAAAAAAAAUACAAAAACAGAAAACUACUUUUCAAAGAAAUGGAAAUUCUUUCAUCAAUUGUUGAAAAAAUAGGAAAAUCCUUGGUUCUGCCAAUUGGAGAACAAUUUGGCUAUCUUAUUUCCUACAAGAGCAAUAUCAUGAUUCUUGAAGAGAAAUUUUUGAAGUUAUGUGAGAAGAAUGAGGCGGUGCAACAAUCAGUUGGUGGAGCCGAAUGGAAUCAAGAAGUAGUCGCAAGUGAAGUUAAGACAUGGCUGACAAAUGUGAGGGAAAGAAUUGAAGAAGUAGAAAAAUUCAUUGAAGAAGAUGUCAAAACUAAUAAGAUGUGCAUGAAUGGUUGGUGUCCUGAUCUGAAGCUCCGCUAUUCCUUAGGAAAGAAAGCUCAAAAGAAUACUCGAGCCAUCGUUGAGUUGCUAGAAGAAGGUGGAAAAUAUGAUAGGGUGUUCAAUGUUGCACCUCCAUUGAAAGUGAGAUCAUCAUCCACAGAACGGUUUAAGGAUUUUGAAUCACGAAAAGCAAUGAUUCGAAAUGUUUUGGAGGCUCUAAGGGAUGAAAAAAUCGACAUGAUUGCAAUAUGUGGUAUGGGAGGGAUUGGCAAAACAGAAAUGACAAAAGAGAUAGCUAGAAGAGUCAAAGCUGAUGGUUUAUUCCAUGAAGUUGCCACUACAAUAGUGUCACAAACUCCAAACUUGACAAAGAUUCAAGGUGAACUUGCGGAAAUGCUAGGCCCGAGACUUAAUGCUGAGAGUUUACAAGGAAGAGCAUAUGAAUUAUAUUCAAGACUGACGACGAGUAAGAGUGUCCUUGUGAUAUUGGAUGAUGUUUGGGACCCACUUGAUCUUGAGGAUGUCGGAGUUUACAAUGCACUAAAAGAAAAGGGCUGCAAAAUCUUGUUGACGUCAAGAAGUGAAGAAACUUGCAAUCAGAUGAGAUUUCAAAAGAUUUUUCCAGUUGAACUUUUAUCAGAAGAUGAAGCUUGGAAUCUUUUCAUACAGAUGGCAGGUGAUUGUAGCAAUACCCCCAAUCUAAUCUCAAUAGCAGAACAGGUUGUGAGGGAAUGUGCAUGUUUGCCCAUUGCUAUAGUGACGGUUGGAAGUGCUCUUUGGAACAAAAGAGAUGAAUAUGAGUGGAAAGCUGCACUUCAAGAACUUAAAAUGUCUAUUCCCCAAUAUAUCCCUGGUCUACAUCCAAAGGUAUAUUCCAGCAUAGAGUUCAGUUACAAUUAUUUAAAAAGUGAUGAAGCCAAAUCAUGCUUUUUGCUAUGUUGUUUGUAUCCUGAAGAUUAUAAUAUUCCAAUUGAGCAUUUAGUCAGAUAUGGAGUUGCGAAAAGGUUUCUUAAUGGCUCUAGUAUUGUGGAACAAAUAAGAGAUCACGUCAACACAAUAGUUCGGAAUCUUCAAAGAUCAAAUCUCUUGUUGGAUAGCAAAUGGGAUGAAUAUGUCAAAAUGCACGAUAUUGUGCGAGAUGUUGCCAUAUCAAUUGCAUCGAGAGACGAACAUGGUUUUAUGGUACAGUUCGAUAGAGGACAUGAAGAAUGGCCACAGAAGGAUACAUAUGACAUUUAUACCACAAUUUCUCUUUUACUUGGAGAAAUGAAAGGGCAUCCUAAUGGGUUGAAGUAUCCCAAGCUUCAGUUUUUGCGACUAUCAUGUUUAAAAGAUUCAAAAACAUUGCCAGACAAUUUAUUUAAUGAGAUGAAUGCGCUAAAGAUGUUGUCUUUGCAAGAUGGCUGCUUCUCCUUGACGUCAUUGCCACCAUCAAUCCAGAUCCUUAAGAACCUCCAAAUGUUGAAUCUUGAGAGUUGUCGCUUAGGAGAUGUGUCAGCAAUUGGAACUCUUGGAAAACUAGAAAUUCUUGGUUUUCGUGAUUCCGAGAUCGAGGAGUUUCCACAUGAAAUAGGAAAUCUUAGUCAAUUGAAGUUGUUGGAUAUGAAGGGAUGCGAUUCUCUAAAGCGAAUUGCAGCAGGUGUUUUAUCCCGUUUAUCUCGACUACAAGAGUUGUAUAUGGCAAACUUUAAGAAUUGGGAAUAUACAACUAUGAUGGAAGGAAAUGGAGAAGGAACAAGUAAUAAUGCAAGCCUUGUCGAACUAAUUCCUCAUUUCGGUCAAAUGACGGUUUUAGAAAUUAGCGUACCAAGCAUCAGGUGCUUGCCAAAAGAAUUUGACUUCAGUAACUCCAGUUUGAGAUUUAGAAUAAACAUUGAAGAUGAUGGGAGCUAUUUAUUUGAAAAUGCAAUUAGACUCAAUGAAGGGGAGGAUGCAAGUGAUCUUGGGAAAGUACUUUUGGAGAAUAGGAGCGUUUUUGGCAACCUAAAACAUUGUGACAUAUAUAAUUGCCAGCAUUCGGAAAAUAUAUUUUGGUUGGCUAUGGUGAGAGAUUUGGUUCAACUCAAAUCGUUAGACAUUUCUAAAUGUGAAAAUAUACAAGAAAUCUUUUCGAAUGAAGGAGAUCAAGAUAAAGAGAAAGUCGUUGGUGGUGUCAUUACAUUGCCGAACUUGGAGAAAAUAAAUCUAUCUUCCUUACCAAGGCUUAGUGGUAUCUGUAAGUCCAUGGACUCAGUUGAGGUUGAAGGAGGAGGAGGCAGCACUUCAUCAACAACCCUUUCUUAUAAACUAUUUUCAUCCAACACCAUUUUGUGGUUGCCCAGUUUGUUAGAGCUUCAUGUUGAAAAGUGUGAAUUACUAGAAGUGGUAUUUGAUCUAGAAGGACUAAAGGUCAUAGAGAACCACCAGCCCGUCGUAGCACUUUCUCAAUUAAGAAUCCUAGAGUUAAGGUACUUACAUGGGAUGGCACAUGUGUGGAAGAAUAUUCCAAGAGGAUUUCAAGGCUUUCAAAACUUAAUAUCAAUUGUUAUUGAGAAAUGUGAUAAUUUUAGAAGUUUGCUUCCUGCUUCUGUUGCAAAACUACUGCUGCAACUUCAAAGCUUGAAAUUAAGGUAUGGUGAAUUGGAAAACGUUAUUCAAAGGGAAGACGAAGCUAGAGAUGAAAGGAGAGAAGAUAUCACUAUGAGUUUUAGUAGCAAAGCCCAUGCUUUUGAGUGGCCAUCCAUAAAGAUGAUCAGUUUGGCUCAUUGUCCCAAACUAAAAACAUUUUAUUCAGAAAUUGAAAGCAGAAUGAAACAAAAGAAAAUUGAUGUGCCAGAGCCUAGUGUUGGCUCCUCCGCAGUACGAUCGAGAGAUACAGUUGGACUUUUCAACCGCUGCCUAGACUCUUGUGUACCAGGUCGUAGCACCAAGAGAUCCCAAGGAAAUAACAGCUGCUCCUUAAAAAGGAAUAAACACGACAUUAACAAAGAGGUUAAAUUGACAAAUCAAGAUGAGCCAAAUGUGAGUGAGACUGAAAAUCAAACAAAGAUGUGUUCUCUAUUUCCUUACUACUUGAUUGAAAGUUUGGGAAAUCUAGAAGUACUUUACGCACGAGCAUGUGAUUCAUUGGAAGUGAUAUUUGAACUUGAUGAGGGACUACGUGAUUUUGAAGAAAGCAAUUAUAUCUUCAAUAAUUUGACUAGGUUGACAUUACGAUAUUUACCGAAGCUGUUGCAUAUAUGGAAGAAAGGUCCACGAGAUAUCAAGGGCUUCAAUAACUUGAGAUUGCUACGUGUAUGGACAUCUGAUAGUUUGAAAUAUUUAUUCACACCAUCCAUAGCAAAACUUCUUGUGAAAUUAGAAGAAAUAGAUGUUUGGAGUUGCUCAGAAAUGAGAGAAAUCAUUGCGAAAGAAUCAGGAGAUGAAGAGAAAAGAUAUCAUGUGAUUGCAUUCCCUCAAGUGAAGACCCUCAGGCUCCACUCUUUACCAAAAUUAGAAUGUUUUUGCAACGAGGCGAUUGCUUUUAUUUGGCCGUCUCUGGAAGAUAUAACAAUUGUUCAAUGUGAAGAAUUAAAAAUGUUUGUUCCCACGACAAGCAUGAAUACACCUAAGCUACAAGGAGUACAUCAUACACAGUCUGAAACUUUUCAACCAAUGAUAGAAGGAGACCUCAAUACCACCAUACAACACAUUAUCAAAGGAAAGUUUCUAUUUUCAAAAUUUCAGGUAAAUUUACAGGAGAUCUCGCAGAGCUCCAGGUCUCCAUAGCAGGUUUGGGGUUUCUGGAGCUGCUAAAUGGCACCCGUGAGUUUUGUUGAUAUCAAUAAAUGGAUUCCCAAAUGCAAAAUUGCGUCUCUCGUGGUUGGUCAUUUCAUUGGGCAUUUCCAAUAAUUUGCAGUAGAGUUUAAUCUCACAAUUCUGCUACGUACAGUCUCAAUUCAGAACCUCAUUUUAGUUCCUCUCUCAAAAGAAAAGAUGAAAUCCUCAUUUCAUUCUCGUUCCUCUCUCAGAAAGGCUCAGAUCCUCAUUUUCUCUUUCUUCCAUCCUCUCUCUCGUUCCUCCGCCCAGCUUGUUUAAACCAAGAGCAAUGGACCUGGCAAAAUCGAUUGAGAGAGAUGAUGGUGUUGCGGCUACAAGUGAUGCUUUUCAUCGGCAUUUACCCCCAGAGCUACCCGUACCUACUGCAUUUUUGGAGAAAGAUAGACAACUAAAACCUCUGCAGUGGUUUUUUCUUCAAAUUUGGGGAAAUGGUGUUGCUAGUUAGAUGACUAGUAUAAAGUUGGAGAGGCUCCCACACAGAACACACAAAUGGAGCUGUGUAGUAUAAAAUUAAUGACCCACAUGGAGCAAUGGGAGAGAAUAUGGGAGUCUGCCCAGUUUGCCGCAAGGUUUUUCAUUCCGAGGAUAUUGAGCAUUUGCUUGGUUUGGUUGACUCUCAUUCUUCUCAAUUGCUUAAAUCUCAAGCAAUGGAACUGGCAAAAUCGAUUGAAAAAGAUGAUGGUGUUGCGGCUACAAUUGAUGCUUUUCAUCGACAAUUCCCUCCAGAGCUACCCUUACCUACUGCAUUUUUGGAGAAAGAUGGACAACCAAACCCUCUGCAGUAAAUUUGGAAAUGGUGUUGCUAGUUAGAUGACUAGUAUAAAGUUGGAGAGGCUCCCACACAGAACACACAAAUAGAGCUCUGUAGUAGAAAAUGGUAUUCAUUUUCAAAUUCUAUACUGUAUAUGUUCUAAAUAUUGGAGUUAUUAGAAGUUGAAGGUUUGAAAAUGCCCUAUUCAACGAUUA